AUGUGCCAAUUGGAGCCAUUUCUGAAGAGGUCCCUGGUGGUCCUCCUUUUCCUGGGCCUGGCAGAGGCCUGUAUCCCUCGUGAAGUUGCAACGGAAGAGAAAAGUAAGAACUUGAAGGGUAUAAUAGGGCUGAUGAGCAGACUGUCCCCGGAUGGUUUCAGACAAAACAUCAUAUCCUCCUCCAAGAUGCCUCCCCUGGUAACCACUCCAGACAGGACGGAGGAAGAAAGUAAGUACUUUGAAAAGAUCCUUGGUCUGCUGAGCCUCCAAGUGCUGAGUGAAGAAACAAAUAACUGCAAAGAAGAAGUGAAGCCUCCCCUGGCCACCACCACAGCCAGGGUCCGUGUGAAGAACGGCAGAUGGAACUUUUUGAAGUGCGCCUACAUGGUGAUGACCUUCUUCUUCGUGUCCUACAAUAAAGGAGACUGGUGUUACUGUCACUACUGCAACCCGGAGCUGAAUUUGAGAGACGACCCCUGCUGCUCUUUCUAGUGAACCUGCUCCAUCUCACUCCUCCUUCACUAGCCCUCCAGCUCCCAGGCAUUUCACCUCCCAAGGAAGCUCUUCGCGCUCCACCUGCCAACUCGGAGGGCAAUGAGCGAGUUCAGAGAAAGUCCCUCAGAGUGCCGUGAGACGAGGGCCGUGGGAGCGGAAUGAGCCUCUUCAGGGCUUUUGCCCACACCUUAUCUUCGGGACCAUUUUCAGCCUUUCUUUCCUGUUCCUCUAAUGAAAUGUGCA